AUGUCGAUUGAUUCUCAACAAGCAUCAAUAAAUAAUCCACCAGAAAAUUCAAACGAACGGAAAUCUGAACACAAUUCACCGGAAGCAUCAAACGAACGAAAAACUACUAACAACAGUGCACCAGGAACGCCCAACGAACAGCAAACUGAAAUCAAACCAUUCAAAUCACAAAACGAACGGAAAGCUGAAAAUAAUUCAUCGGAAACAUCGAACGAACAACAAACUGAAAAAAUUUCUUCAGAACAGUCCGUUGAAAAAAGUUCUUCAGAACCACCAGUUGAACAAAUUUCUUCAGAACCACCAGUUGAACAAAUUUCUUCAGAACCACCAGUUGAAAAAAGUUCUUCAGAACCACCAGUUGAACAAAUUUCUUCAGAAAAAUCAAGCGAACAAGCAAAGGAAAAUAAUACACCAGAAACACUUAACGAACAAAUAGAUGAACAUCAAUUAAAUUCCGACAGAGAUGAAACAAACAGUCCAGAAAGUUCACAACGAAAUAUUCGAUUUGCAUCACAAUCAUCAAAAUCUUCCGAUCGAAUUCAAUCAUCGAAAGUAACAAAUACAAUCGUACAUGAAAGACCGAUUUCACCUGUAACUCAUCGUCGAGUAAUCAAACCGUUAGUGAAUUCACAACGUACACGAUCGAAUUCACCACGUAAAACGUUUUCAUAUCUUUCACCAAGUCGUCUUAAUUUACGUAAAUGGAAAGAGCAACGUCGUCACAUAGCUAAACAAGAAGAAGAUGAUCGAAUUUAUUAUGAAAAUAGAAAGAAACUAGAACGUUUAGCUCGCAUAGCUAAAGAACCAAGCACAUAUCCUGCUAUGCAUAUUGAACAGGAACAUCUACGUGAUCGACAUACUCUUGAUUAUCGUCGAAAAGUUUUAAAAAGUUACAUACCUAUUAUGCGUGAGAAUCUCUGUCUUGUCAAUCGUCUCGCUACUGUUAAAGGUGUUUAUGAUGCAAAAAAAAUGGAGGAAGAAUACACUCGUCAUACGAUGAUUCUUAAACAAGACGCAGCAAAUAGAAAAAAAGCACGUGACAUAGCAACACAACGACCUUUUAUUUUACCAAAAAUCAAUACUAAAUCAUGA